ACAGUGAUUCUACGUCCAACGAGGCUCUUAUCCCUGUGGCCCGUGUGCCCCGCAGUAACUUGGUCAUAAUGGAGGGAUCAGUGAUGUAUUCAGCAGGUGCUGAAGAAGGGACAGAUUUGAAUGAACUCAUCCCAGAUUUACCCGAGGGCCCGCUUAGCCAGUACCGGGCCAGAGCAUCAUUUAACUGGAAGAAGAUGAAGGCACACAUUGAUCCUCCAGAAGUAAUUGCUUUUAUGAAUUGUGUGUAUAACUUCCUCGAGACUGAUCCCGUGUUCCAGCAUGUGGAUGGAGACAUGACGUUGGAGGAAGAGCGACUUAUAACAUUCCGUCGUGUCAAGAAAAUGCUGAGUACAAAAUUCACAGAUGAUGCACAGUUUCUUACUGAUUUUAGAAGGGUACCAGCUAUGUCCAGUGUGAUUGGUGGAUACGACUUUUCCCUCUCAGCCAGAAUGGGGCUGUUGAAAAGCUUCAUAAUUUCUGGCAUCAUUGGACUUGGGACCAAGCGCCAUUACAAAUUUGUUGAUGCACUCAGCAACUUUGAGGUUUGUGUAAUUUCUAUGAGUGGGGAAAUGUGUAAUCAUAGAACUUAUUCUGGCUAGUAGAGAAUAAUGUAU